AUGGAUAAGGGGGUCGAGUGCACUGACGGAGUGGAAAGAGGGACGGGUUCGGAGAGGCCGAAGGUGGUGUACCAGGUGCAGACGCCGUUUAAGGACUUGCACCUUCCUACGUUUUUUUCUUUGGGGGCUUGCUUUUACAUGUUGGAGCAGGUCAUAACGCAUCCUACUGAGGUUAUUCGUACUCGGCUGCAAGUGGAGAGACACAUCAGGUCGUCGUGGAUAUUGGUGAUGAGUUUAGUGAGGGAGGCAGGUUGGAGAGGGUUGUACCCUGGGUUUUGGCCUACGGUGGUGGGACACAUGCCGGGUUCUGGGGUGUAUUUGUUCAGUUAUAGCUACAUGAAGGAUAGGUUGCAACAGAUUGAGGAUCGCCGGAGUUCUAAUGUGGAUGGGAGACAGGCGUCGUGGGUGAGUUUCACAUCUGCGGCGGUGUCUGACACGAUAUCGAUUUUGUUGACGUGUCCUGUGGACGUGGUAGUGCAGAGGUUGUACAUACGGUCGCCAGAGGUAUCCCGGACGAGAUCGGUGAUGAGCAUCUGCCGAGGUAUAUGGAGGCAGCACGGCUUGAGGGGGUUUUAUUUAGGGUCAGGACUCACGUUCGUAAAUUAUGUACCGGCGUCGGCGAUAUGGUGGACGAUGUACGAGAACCUCAAGGCGGUGUUUUCCAGAUUGGUGGAGUCGAGGCGAAGGAAAGAGGCGUCUGACAGCUUCGUCGCGCACAAGCACAGCUCCGCAAGCAUGUUGGCGGGGGGCGUGUCUGGGGCGGUUGUGACGCUUUUGACGAAUCCGUUGGACGUGGUCAAGACGAGGAUUCAAGUCGAAGAGACUGGGUUGCAGCGCGCGGUGGACAGACAGAGUGCGCUGCGCGUGAUCAGAAACCUGUACAAAGUGGAAGGCGUCGCGGGUUUCAUGAAGGGUCUUGGCCCCCGAAUUUACCUGUGGAUCUUUUUUUCGGUUUACAGCGCGAUGGCGUACGAGACGAUUAUCGACGUGAGUUCUGCAAAGAAGAGGUCGUAG